UACCUGUCGAGCGGCGGCUGGCUGGCGGUCACUUCUCUCCUUAACAAUCAACCCUGUCAACGAGACUGAAAUCGCCAGAACCGGAACGAUACAAUUGGGCUUGUCACUUGAGUGGAAAGACCCCGGAGCAACCAGAACCCUUUGCUGAAGUUGUUUCAGUGCUCGCGCAGAGCUCCCCGUUGGUUGCAACAUGGCGCACAGCAAAAGAAAUACCUCCCGGGCCGUCUUCACCUCCCACGAACGAGAUAUCGCCAAAUUGAAUUGGAGCUCCAACUCGGCCCGCCUCAACCGCGACUCCUUUCUCCCCUUUAGCUCAUGUGGCCUCUGCCUCGGAAUCUCUCGCGAUCCCGUCGCCUGCCAGCGCGGCGACAUCUUCUGCCGCGAAUGCGCCCUCUCGAACCUUCUGACGCAGAAAAAGGACAUCAAGCGGGCCGAGAAGGGCAGGCAACAUGCUGAAAACGAGGCCGCAAAGGCAAGAGCCGUGGAUGACCAGGAAGACCAGGAACGUGCCAUCAAGGAUUUUGAAAUGACGCAGGCUGGCCUGGAACGAGCCAGGAAUGGGGCUGCGGCACGGUCAACAGCUGCUGGCGACGAGGGAGACACGCCAGCUACAGUGGGAACAAAGAGGAAGUUUGAGCUUGACGAAGACGAGCUUGAUCGCAUCACGCGGCAAGACAAGGCCAAGGCGAGAAAGGCAAUUGACGACGAAAAGGCUGCUAAACCGACGCUACCUUCGUUCUGGACGCCGUCGCUUACGCCAGACGUGCAAACAACUAAACUUGCCGUUGUGGCCAAGAAGGAAAAGGCAUCCCCGAUCUGCCCAGCAUCUGCGCGAGACGACCCUCACCCGAUCUCCAUGCAGAGUCUCAUCACCAUCAACUUUAACGAGGAGGACGUCUCGGGCUCCGAUGUCAAGCGCAGAACUUGCCCCUCGUGUCUGAAGGCGCUCAAUAACUCUUCGAACCCCAUGAUGGCCAAGCAGUGCGGGCACGUCCUGUGCCACAGCUGUGUCAAGAAGUUCAUGAUCCCAUCUGGUAAGAAGGCAUCCCCAGAAGACGAGCUGCCGGUGACUUGCUACGUCUGUGAUGUGCCCUUAACCUCGAAACCCCAGAAGCGUGACACCGCAAAAGCUGAUUCGGUUCCCGGACUGAUCGCGCUCCGGUCAGAGGGAACAGGCUUCUCAGCUCGUGGAACGAGCACCGUGGAGAGAUCCGGCAUCGCUUUUCAGUGCUAGCCUGGUUUCAUUGCCCGUU